UUUUCUCCACUAUCAUUAUUUGCUUAUCUAUAUAUUGAACUAACCAUAAAACCAUGGCUAUCCGUAUGCCUCGUAUAAUCAAGAAGUCUUCUACUGCUGGAGAUGUUCCUAAAGGCCACUUUGCUGUUUAUGUUGGGGAAAAGCAGAAGAAGAGAUUUGUGAUCCCUAUAUCAUUCUUGAGCCAACCUUUAUUUCAAGAUUUACUUAACCAAGCAGAGGAAGAAUUUGGCUUUAAUCAUCCAAUGGGUGGUGUCACAAUUCCCUGCAGCGAGGAUGUGUUCAUUGAUCUUACUUCUCGCUUGAGUAGGAUCUGAGGCUUUUCACAUUACACAAUUUUGUAAAG